AUGCCUUUGGAAUCUCUCGCUAAUGAAUUACUACUCGACAUAUUCGAGUGCAUUAAUGCGAUCGAUCUCUUUCGUGCUUUCUAUGGUCUCAACACUCGGUUCAACGAACUUCUACUGGUUCACGCUCGUACAUACCAUGUUGACUUUCAGCUAGCAUCACAACACGAUUUCAAUCACUUCUGUCGUGUUUAUCUUCCAUUGAUUAGCCGACAAGUCGCCACGUUGCACCUGUCCGAUGAUGAUGGUGAAUUCUUAAUCAAUCAAAUUCGUCAUGCUGAUUCGAUCGAACCCGUCAUGAAAAUUCUAUCUAACUGUGAUCAAAUGUCCUCCCUGACUCGUUUGAAAAUAACAUACUGCUCCUGCCGUAACACGGACAAGUUUUCCGACUUAAUCCAUCACGUUUGGCUUUUGCCCAAAUUGACUCACUGCCAUCUCGAUUUUACUGCGAUGCUUUCGCCUUACUCUUUCCGACAACCAUUGCGAACAUCCAAAACGAUUGAAUAUUUAUCGAUGAAAACUGUGAAGUUUACCUUCAAAGACUUGUUCGCAUUGCUUCUAUGUACACCAAAUGUUCGACAUGUUCACGCCACACUCUUCGAUCGACAUGCUUCUUCCGAAACGCUCCCUAUCCUUCCAUCCAUCAGCAAACUCAACUUAUCGACUGAUUCGUCACUACAUCAUCUGAACAAUAUUUUCCAAGCAAUGCCGAAUUUAUCACAUGUCACAUUGGAACUGGCCGAGACAUCCGACCGGAAAUAUUUAAAUGGUCAUUCUUGGCAAGCGCUCAUCCUUGCUUCUUUAUCGAAGAUCAGAGUCUGGCGAUUUUUUACGACAUAUUCCUUUCAUGAAGAGAUGAUCAUCGAAGAUCACGUCGAGCAAAUACUCGACACCUUUCGAACACCAUUUUAUCUCGAUGAACAUCGCUGGUUCGUUCGAUGUGAUUGGAAUCGACAAAUCACAGGUCAACGACUCUUUCUUUACACGAUGCCAAGUUGCUGUCGGGACAUCUAUGUUGUUCAUCCAUCGUUCCAGUCGAAAUCGACAUAUCCUGAAAAUCCAAAUGUUUCUUCGUUGGAUCACAUAUGCUAUCCGAUUGGUUCCGACCUUCUCUUACGUAACGGAAACCUACAUUUAGUAUUUCCUAAUCGAAUAGAAUAUUUACUCUUUCGCAACCAAAUACCAUGUGUAUUCUUGCCGAAGAUCGGUCAUGUCACAAUUCGACUUCCAACGGAAACUCCGAUUUGGUCAUUCAUUUCAACAUUGACUUGUCUCAGAUCAUUGAAUAUCUCACUAAGUUAUAAGACCAGUCUGGGACAGCUGCAAGCCUUAAUCAAUCAAACACCACGUUGUCACUCGCUCACGGUUAACAAUGUGUCACCUGAACAAUUGGCGCAAUUAGAUCGUAUUCCUGCUCCACUUCAUCGAAUUUCAAUCAAAGAUUAUUGUAGCAACGCUGUUGAAUGUUCUGUUUUCGCUGCGUCGCCAUUAGGUCGUCAAUGUAAAGUUCUCUCACUGGAUCUGACCGAUCGUCGCAACGUUCUUAAUCUAGUGAGCGAAAUGAUUCAAGUUCGAACGCUGACAUGUUUCUGUGAGGAUAUGAAGUGGCGUUUGGAUCCGACAUUAAUGCAGGAGCGAGGAAUCUUAGACACAUGGUUACAAGAUCGGUUGCCAGCAACAUGUUCACUAAGUAUUAUGGGCAUGGAAAUGAAAAAGUAUUUUCGAAUUUCGAUUCAACAAAAACCUUCUUUGAAUUGA